AUGUUGUUCAAGGCAGGUAACCGUACUGUGGGUAGUGGGUCUGAAGUUAGGUAUGGGUUCGUGCAGUGCACGAUCCGAAGUGGAAAGAUAAUCCAAAGUGAGGUAUAUAGCUUAAGUGCCGAUUCUUGGAGAAAAGUUGAUACCCCAUCGUGUGUUACAAUUGAUCGUUAUUAUGCUCUGAUGAUAUACAUCAAUGGGAUAGCUUGUUGGUGGGCAUAUGCGGCUGAUUGGGAGGGUGUUUUGUCAUUUGACAUGAGCGACGAGGUAAUCCUAAAAACACCGCUGCCAGAUGAUGUUUUGAUUUUUAUUAUGGACUUUUUCGUGUUGAAUGAAUCGAUUGCUAUGGCUGUUUGUAUUGAAGAAGGGACGGAUAUUGUUUGCUUUGAUAUAUGGUUGUUGCUUGAAGUUGGUGUUAAGGACUCCUGGAGUAAGCUUUUCACUAUUGGACCCUUUACAGAUAUUUUGAAGCAAUUAGGAUUUUGGAAGAAUGGCACCAUGUUCUUGGAAAAAUAUGAUGGGCAGUUGGUCUUGUAUGACCCCUCUACCAAACAAAUGACUGAUCUCCAAAUUCAUUAUAGAUGGUCACAGUUGAUUACUUACAUGGAGACCCUAAUUUCUGUCAAGAGAGAAUGUAUUUGA